ACGUUACGUUUAGGCCUUGCCUCCUGUCUCGUCCCAAAUCACCGGCUUUGAUCACUUCAAUUCAAUCACGCAGGUGGUAGAAGCCGCCCGCGUGCAGUACGCGAUUAAUAGACGGCCAUUAAUGUUUUCAUAAGUCUUCCAACGACUUCAAAAUGAUGCCACGGCAUCACUCCAGCGGGUUUUCCAAUGGAUACCCGCGCGCCGACACCUUCGAGAUUUCCCCCCAUAGAUUCCAACCGAGAGCUACCAUCCCUCUUCACAAAAAGCGCAAGAGGACCGCGAUUCGUAUUGGUAUAGUAGUGGCUAUCGUCGUCCUUCUCAUAUUCUGGUUUGGACAGCCCAAAUCCGUCGCUUCUCUGAUCUCACUCGGCAUUCUAUCCGGAUAUGAGGACUUGAAACUUGAGACGGUGCGAUACUACGACCUCACCAACGUGCAAGGAUCUGCGCGCGGGUGGGAGCGCGAAGAGCGUAUUCUGUUAUGUGUACCACUUCGAGAUGCCGAGCAACAUCUACCAAUGUUCUUCUCCCACCUGAAGAACUUUACAUAUCCCCAUAACCUGAUUGAUCUCGCCUUUCUCGUCUCCGAUUCGAAGGACCGAACACUGCAAGUCCUCUCGGACAACUUGGAGGCUAUCCAGGCGGAUGCGGACCCAAAGCAGCCAUAUGGAGAAAUCUCCAUCAUCGAAAAGGAUUUUGGCCAAAAGGUGAACCAGGACGUCGAAAGCCGACACGGAUUUGCCGCUCAGGCUAGUCGUAGAAAGCUUAUGGCCCAAGCGCGCAACUGGCUUCUCAGUGCUGCUCUGCGACCCUAUCAUUCUUGGGUAUACUGGCGUGAUGUAGACGUUGAGACUGCACCGUUUACAAUUCUGGAAGACCUGAUGCGACACAAUAAAGACGUCAUUGUCCCUAAUGUGUGGCGUCCUCUUCCCGACUGGCUUGGUGGUGAACAGCCUUACGAUCUGAACUCUUGGCAAGAAUCCGAAACCGCUCUUGCGUUGGCCGACACACUGGACGAAGAUGCCGUCAUUGUAGAGGGCUAUGCCGAAUAUGCCACAUGGCGACCCCAUCUUGCCUAUCUACGAGACCCCUACGGCGACCCAGACAUGGAGAUGGAGAUUGAUGGAGUUGGAGGCGUUAGUAUUCUGGCGAAAGCCAAAGUAUUUCGCAGCGGUGUCCAUUUCCCUGCUUUUAGUUUCGAGAAGCAUGCCGAAACGGAGGGAUUUGGCAAGAUGGCGAAACGAAUGCGAUUCUCCGUUGUUGGCUUGCCACACUAUACCAUUUGGCACUUGUACGAGCCUAGCGUUGAUGAUAUCAAACACAUGGAAGAAAUGGAAAGAGAACGAAUCGCUCGAGAGAAGGAGGAAGAAGACAGAAAGAUCAAGGAGCAACAGAUUAAGGAGGAAUUUGGUGAUGCCAACUCUCAAUGGGAACAGGACAAACAACAGAUGCAGGAUUUGAAAUUGCAGGAUCAGGGAAGCAAUAAAGAAGCCGGAUUAAAUCAGGGCGCGGCCGCAAAGGCAGCAGGGGCUAUAGAUGGACAAAGGGAGAAUUAA